AUGGACUUUUUGUCUGCACUUUGCUUGGUCAUCCGUACACCCGAAACAUCUGUUCGAUGGAAUCUUUGUCGCCGACUUUCGCAUGUGAUAUCAAAAACGAUUCUAGAUUUCAAUCAGAAACUUAAUGAUGCUGAUAGAAAACAGGUGAAAAUAUGGACACAAUACAUGAUCAACGUGAUCAUUGGCUUCGGUGGCACCUACUACUUGACCUAUCAACGAUAG